ACGUGCACUGGGCCAAAAGGGUAUGUUGAUAGUUGAGUCAGAAAGCCAUCGAUGUCCUCAGAGAAAUUAGAAACGUGCUAACCUCGUUAAGUUUGGAAGAGAGGAGAUAAUCGAGUACAUUAGAUUUCUGUUAUAAUCACGGUGUGUACCGUGGUCUUGACUUUGAGGAUCAGUGUGUUCAUGGGGAAUAUUGGAUGAUUUACCUGGUGUAAGUUUGACUUCGAGGACCCGUUUUGUGUCAGCUUGUGGACAACAUGGCGGCUUGCUUAGGUAAAAGUUUUGAAAUCGCGUCAUCGUUUCUCAGUUGAGUUUUGCCAGCCAAGUGCUGUGUGCUCUUCACCAGAUAACCUGUUUCUUAAGUGAAUAUCGGAGGGAAUAAGACACCCUACAGAAUGAUGCACAAGUGAAAACAAAACAUAUAUCCACUUGAACAUGCAAGUGCAUGAUCCCAAGGGUGGACUUCAUCGCACAACGACAACAACGCUACAGAAUAAGACAUGGAGCUGGGAGUUACUAUUAAGCUCCGGAAAGUCAAGUGUUCAUAUUUCUUGAAGUGUCUUGUAUGUGUUGGAAUCCUUGUUCUUCACAGCGUCCCAGAUGUGAGCUGUCAAGAUAAACCCCCUCAGUUUUUUUCUGAGUUACCUUCUGUGAAUGAGCCAGGGAUACAGAGUAACUCUCGGCCACUGCAGUGCGGGGCUCAGAGCACCCCUCAACCCCUGUAUUCCUGGCUGAAGGAUGGCGUGUACCUGGAGCCAGUCAAUAACACCUUCAGCACCCUCCGCCUGAUCAACAUUAACAUCAAUACCUCGGGCUUCUACCAAUGUGUAGCCAGCAACUAUUUAGGGGCCAUCAUCAGUCCCCGCUUCCUCUUCCAGGUUGCCUACAUGAAGCCAUUUACCAGUACCAGUGCAAUACCUAUAUCUGUGGAAGCAGGUUUUGCCACAAUUUUAAAACUGCCUCCAAUAGACAGUUACCCUGAACCUGUUGUACAUUGGAAGGACAGGGCUGGUUUAAUAAACCAUGAUGGUUUGAAGCAUUAUGUGACAUUGGACAAUAAUUUAGUGUUGCUGGCUGUGGAUUCUUCUGACAAUGGGAAGGUGUAUUCAGCAGAAAUCAACAAUGGAUAUGUAGGCAACAUCAGUGGCAGUCCUGACUAUAAUCUACAAGUCACAAAUUUAGGGGGCGGAACAAGUCGCGUCCCACUGUCAUUUGUGGUUCGGCCCCAAAAUACAGAGUCUGUAGAGCAGGCCCAGUCUGCUUCCCUUGAAUGUGUCCCUAAUGCUAGACCUAUAACUGCUGUGGGAAUACAGUGGUAUAAGAAGGAGAAUCAAGGGCAGCCUUUGCUAAGUGAUGGGGUGAAGUACAUUAUCAGUGAGUCUGGCCGGAGACUGACCUUCAAGACUGUGUCAUCUGCAGACUCUGGGGAGUAUCAGUGUGAGGCCUCCAUGGUCAGCGCUGGCAAUGUGGAAAAAAUCACUGCCUCUGCUAACCUUACCGUUCUCUCUCCUCCCAGUUUUGUGCCUGGUGUGUCACACCAGAAGAUGGCGAGGGACUUCAGCGAGACGGUGGAGAUACCCUGCGAUGCGAUAGGACUACCUACUCCUAAUAUUACAUGGUACUUCAACACCAAGAAGAUAUCAACACUAGACAGUACACGGCAUAGUGUGUCAGAAAACGGACAGCUGACUAUAAACAGUGUGGAGUUGACAGAUGCAGGAGUAUACCAGUGCUUUGCUACAAACAAUGUGAAUACUAUAUCAGAGGUGUUCUCAUCCACAUGGCUUGUGGUACACAGCUCUCCACCUAUCCUGGAAGUUGGACCACAGAACAUGACGGCCAUUGAGGAUGCAGAUUUACGUCUUCCUUGUCAGAGCAUAGGUGCUCCACGACCCACAAUCACGUGGGUCAGGGAUGGUGGCAGUGGGAAGGAAAAUAUCACUAGUGAUGGUCGCUUUGAGAUUUUUGAGUCUGGAGAAUUGCUGAUAGCCCGAGCAUUGCCGCAGGACACUGGAAUGUACACUUGUAAUGCAACGAACAGCAUGGGGCAUGUCUCUGCCAGUGCUUUUGUGAAAGUAUUGGUAAAAACGCAAAUAACGGAGCCUCCACAGAACAAACGUGUAUGGAAGGGGUCGUCAACUGUGUUUCACUGCCGUGUGUCUCAAGAUGAGACCGUACAGGUGACCUGGCGCUGGUUCCACAUUGUUGGCGGCACAGAGAGACAGCUGGCAACCACAGGGGACGAACACCAUAUAUCUACAGUCAGAAACAUAGACAAGGGCAUAUACAGGUGUAAAAUCACCUCAGCUGGCGGCAACUUCACUUUAGAAGCUAGGCUAGAUGUUAUUGAGUUGCCAUUCAAACCAAUCAUCACAGAUGUAAGGCUGUCUUCAGGUGAGAGGCCCCGCAGCGUGGUACUCACCUGGACUGCACCCUUUGAUGGUAACGAUCCCAUCCAGACAUACAAGAUACAGUACAGAAUUGUCACAGGUACUGAUCCCCUACCACCAAAUGAUGGCUGGUUGAAUCUACCAGACAACAUUGCUGCGACAGAGCGGACCCACACAGUCACUGGACUGCGCCCUGCUCAGAGAUACCAGUUUCGCAUGUCAGCUGUGAACGGGGUUGGAGAAGGAGAGGCCAGUCUGGCUAAGCCUGAUACGCCCAUUAUGUUACCCCAGGAACCCCCCAGCGGUCCUCCGAUAGGUGUGACGGGCACUCCUCGCUCCAGCAGCUCAGUCAUGCUGCAGUGGCAAGAGCCAGAUGAGAGCGUUUGGAACGGCCUGCUCCUUGGCUACGUCAUUCGUUACAAACUUGCUGGCUAUGAUGACUCCACAAUGCGUUACUUCAACAUCAGUAACUGGCAGAUUACGACCCAUGAGCUCACCGGAUUACUUGUGUUCCAGCUGUAUGAGAUCUCUGUGGCCGCAUACAAUGCAGAGGGUGUAGGUGUGUACAGCAACAGUAUCGAACUUCGUACUGAGGAGGGCACGCCCAAUUUCCCUCCCACAAGAGUGACCACUGAGGCCAUUAAUUCUACCGCUAUUCGAGUCAGCUGGAAACCUCCAGACCCCCAGAUGAUCAAUGGCAUCAACCAGGGGUACAAAAUAAAGGCAGAGUUGAUCAGCGAGUCCCCACCUGAAGAAGUGUUCAUGUCUGUGGCCCCAAACACGUCCCAUCCUUACGGGGAGCAGUCAGCCGUGAUGGUUAACCUAAGGAAGUACAGUGUGUAUAGGGUGACAGUCGUGUGUUAUACCACUGCAGGGGAUGGACCCGUCAGUAACUACAGCACUGUUCGCACAGAUGAGGAUCUGCCUGGACCAGUUAGAUCUCUGUCGUUUAAUGUUAGUGAUACUUCAAUGAUUGUCAAGUGGACAAACCCUGCAGAAACCAAUGGCAUUCUGACAGGUUUCACUGUGUAUUAUGAGAAGAAGAAUACAACAGGAACACGUGUUACUAUACCUGUCAACCCGUCAGAGAAGCAGACCCUCAUCCGAGACCUUAUUCCUGUCACCAUGUACACAGUGUCUGUCGAGGCUAAGACAAGCAAAGGGGCGGGGCCUGCGCAGUCAGCUGACAUUAAAUCAGGUGUCCCACCCGAGUUGCCCACUGCCCCUCAGAGUCUGGGAAUAAGUGACAUCCAGGCACGGUCAGUGGUUGUCCAGUUUAGCCCAGGUUAUAAUGGGAAGACCUCAAUCAUUAGGUGGAUAGCAGAGGCCAUGGUGAUGGGUGAAGCCAACUGGACGGAGGUGUAUAAUGUGUUUGCUCCAGAUGCUACCUCCAUUACAGUCAGGAAUCUCAGGCCUUACACUCAGUACCAAGUGAGGCUCAAGGCGGAGAACAUUAAGGGGCAGAGUGGGCCCAGUGACCCCAGUCGGCAGUUCCAGACUAUCCAGGCUGCCCCGGAUGCGCCCCCUGGGAACCUGACAGUCAGGGCUAUUAAUAGCACAGCGGUCCGCAUCAGCUGGACACCUUUAGCAACAAGAGACUGGAAUGGAGUUCCAAAAGGAUACAAAAUUUUCUACAAGCCGCGAGAUCGUGAGACAUUUGAGGAGAAGCGUAUUGUCUUGGAGAACAUUAACCUGGAUAGCUACAUUCUGGGAGGGCUGGAGGAAUGGACAGAGUAUCAGGUCAAGAUGAUGGCCUAUAAUGAGGUGGCUGACAGCGUGUACAGCCCAGUAGGGGUAGAGAGAACCAGGGAGGCUGUCCCUAGCGCUGGUCCGUCGAACAUCUCUGCCAUUGCUGCCAGCUCUACCUCCAUCAAUGUCUCCUGGGCUGAUGUACCCCUAUAUGAUCGCAAUGGCAUGAUCCAGGGAUACAAGAUUAAGUAUGGAUCAAGACAGGAGGGCAUCGUCAGCCUGUUGACAGACAUCUCUGGUAACACCAGUCACAGCCAUGAGAUAACGGGACUUAGGAAGUUUGUUCAGUAUGAGGUACAGGUGCUGGCUUACACACGGAUGGGUGACGGCAAGCUUAGCCAGCCUGAGGUCACUGUCACCACCCUGGAGGAUUUGCCAGAUCCACCCAUCAUCAUCUACUUUCCGGAGGUGACCUACUCCCUGGCCCAGAUUGUGUGGGAACCCCCAACAGAGCCCAAUGGUGUGAUCACUGGAUACAGGGUGUCCUACAGGGAGAGGAAUGCGACAGAGAACCAGGCUGUAGUCAAUGAUACGCUUGGGGCCAGCACAAGGGAGUACACAGUCCGAGGUCUGAGGAGAAUGACUUACUACCUGUUUAGUGUGAGCGCUAAGACCCAGCUGGGGUGGGGGGAGAGCUCCUCAGUCAUGGUCCUCACAAUGAUUAACAGAGACAAACCUGACAGUCCUACCAAGCCCAUAAUCGGGAGCUCUCAAGUUAGUGCCCGUGAGGUGACUAUUAGCUGGACCCCACGAGGGGAUGGAUACGGGCCUCUUAGAAACUACACUGUGAGGUACAAGCCCCAGGAAGGCUCCUGGGAAACAGUGGAGGAUGUGGUUAAACCUGAUGUCACCUCCUAUACUGUAACAAGUUUGCGCCCUAACACAUGGUACCAGUUUAUAGUGGCAGCCACCAAUGACAUUGGUACUAGUGAAUUCAGCCCUCCAUCAGAUGAAGUUCAGACCUUGCAGGACAAACCAGAUGGACCCCCACAAGAUGUGGUGGUUAAACCCUUAACAGUGACCUCUAUAAAAGUCAGCUGGCAGCCCCCUGAUCCAGAGACGUGGAAUGGAGAGCCUAGGGGCUAUUAUGUUCUGUAUAGACAAGCUGAGCUGCCCAACUUCAGUGAAAAGAAGCUCAAUGUCACAGAUCAGCAGGCUAUCCUGGAUAACCUUUUUCAGUUCGUGAACUAUGAGGUCAGAGUGCUGGCAUACAACGAUAAGGGGCGUGGCCCAGCCAGCACCCCAGCUAAUAUCUAUGUGGGAGAGGCAGCUCCUAAUGCUCCCCCUCGCCAUAUUCGGGUGAUACCUGUGAGUUCGACAGAGCUUAAGGUGAUGUGGGAUGCUCCUCCGCCAGAUAAUCAGAAUGGAGUCUUGUCAGGAUAUAAGGUGUCAUCCUGGCGUAUUCCAGAAGGGUCUGGCUCCUUCAUUCCCCAGAGGAUUGUAGUGGGACAGGAGGUGUCGCUGAAGAACUUAGAGAUAUUCUCUGAGUAUGGUGUGGUUGUGCUGGCCUACAACCUUGCUGGAGAUGGCCCAAACAGCUCUGUGGUCACCAACAGGACCAAGGAGGAUUUGCCAAGCAAACCACUUAAUCUCAGGUUUCAGAACAUCACCCUUGACUCUGUGGAAGUGAUGUGGGACCCUCCGCAAUUCCCAAAUGGUCGCAACAUCAUGUAUGAUGUGAUCUACUACGAACUCCACCCAUCCCAAGGUGUGAUAAAGAAAGUACAGGUGAGUUUGAACAAGUCUUACCACCAUGCUGCCCGUUUACUGGAGAAUGGUACCUACACAUUCAUCAUCAAGGCUGCCAAUGAUGUAGGGUCUGGGAAUUCUACCAAUGCAACCGUUACAGUUGGACCACAGAGAUACUCUCCUAAACCCCCAACUGAUGUGAAAUUGACCGGAGACAAGGAUGGUGUGAUUCUGUCCUGGACAAAUGGUUACAGUGAGCGUGAACCUAUAUCUGGCUUCAUGAUUCAAGCCAAGGAAGAAGCUGAAGAAGCCAUGUGGUCAACAGUGGUGCGGAAGAAGGGUGAGAAUCCUGAAGCAGUGGUCAGCUACAAUCUCCUCAAACUCAGCACGAGCUACCGCUUCAGAGUCAUCGCAUAUAACUCAGAAGGAAUCAGCUACCCUAGCCAAGCUUCAGAGGUCUUCACCACUCAAGGAGGCCAAGACCCCAGUGCGUCAGGAGUGACUAAGGAGAAGGCAUUUUACUCUCAGUGGUGGUUCCUGGUCAUUGCUGCUCUGUCUGGUGUCAUUAUCAUCCUCGUUGUGGUCACCCUACUUUGUCUGGUCAGCAAGAGGGGACGCAAGACAGACAAACGUAAGGUGAUCAACAAUGUAACAAUAGAACCCCAGGAGCCUGAGGAUGGUGGAUUUAGCACGAUGGAGAUGAGUACUAACAGACGCAGCAUCCAUAUUCGCAAUGGAACCCUUGGCCGAGGAAGCACAUUACCAAGGGCCCCCCCACGGCCAAGCCCAGCCAGUGUUACAUACUCUGAUGAUGACUACAAGCCAAACCUGGCAGAUGAUAAUAGUAGCAGUUUGGAUGAGAAACCUUCAGAUCUGGGAGAUUCCACAGAGCCCAGUGAUGAAGAGAGUGAGCCAGAAAGUCAGCAGGGCCCAUCUGCUAUGAACUUCAACAAUCCUUAUGUUAAUGGCCCUGUGCGUCAGUCCUGGUACAGGCAGAACCCCUCUAAUGCUUACAGCUAUACAGACAGUGAGCAGGAAAGCAGCCACUACGCCACAGGCUUGAAUGGUGGCCAGUUAAUAGUAAACAACAGAGCCGGGUCCCGGGCACCCCUGCCGGGCUACUCCUCAUUUGUCUGAUGUCCCUGGGGAUAGUGAUUGUGACUCUGUCAACACACACGUGACCAGUAUUAUUGGUUUAGGCCUGCUAUGGUGAUAUGAGAGACAGAGACAUAAACCACUAAAUGGACAUUCCACCUUCAUUCUGUCUCAUUUAGCAUCACCUUGUGUUGCUUAUAGCAAUGAUGGACCAACAAAUGGAUCAGCAAAACAUCAUUCCACAUAAGGAUUCCUGUUGUGCUUCAUACUCAUAAAGAAAGGUGCUAUGUUAUCUCCCCUGAUAUAGGCCUCAUAUCCGCCCAGAGGUGCACUUUGUCGACUGACUCAAGUCCAGUAUUACGACAGAUUGAAUGACCAAUAGGUGUGUCAACAAAGUGGUGUUAUGACACUUGCUGCGAAUGAGAAAUCACACAUCAUAUAUAUAUGCUUUUAGACAAUCAACAAAUUUGCACAGGAUUCUCUGAUUGGGAAAACACACACGAAUACAUAUAUUUUCAGAUAUUUAAGGUCAUCCUACAUAUCCUCAGAAAGACUUUUUUGAUCUUAAAUGUGAACAAGCAUGUAUAGCAUGAUUUGAUGUUAUAACAUGCUUUUUGUGAAUAACCAUUUGAUGCUUGUCUUGAAAAAGGGAUACUUAUGAAUAUUGAUCACAAACUUCUUUGUUUAUCAUGGCGAUAUUCAAAUGUAGAUAAGUAAGCAUACAGCCAAGUAAUUAUGAUUAUUUUACCUCAUGUAGGGAUCCCAGGUGACACUUGGUCAAUACAGAGUCACAUGAUAUUCCACAGAACAUGAUUUACAAUGCUCACACACUCAAGCAAAGUGUGUCGCACUCUCAAAGUAAUAUCCCACGUUCACAAGGUAGUAGCCAAUGAUCUGCCUUUAUCCAUCGAUCAUGCGCAUAUUCUUCUGCAGUUACCUCUGUUUGUGUGCUCUCUGAUGUCAACCAGGCAAUGGCUAUCGCUGCUAUCAAUGUACAAAUUGAGCUAUUUAAAGUACCACCUCAGCAACUGCACUGCUUUUUUUUUUUGGUAUAAUAGAACAUAUAGUGCAUGCGCAGAGAUGGGAUAUCAGGAAUUGUCAGCUCUCUACAAGUGAUCACAUAACUUUUCUGGAGUUGACAAUUCCAGAUAUCCUAUCCCUCAGCAUGCACAUCCUGUAUAGUAUCAUAGGGCUUUUUAGUACUACACAUCAAAUUAAUACAAUGCAAUUAGUAUCAUAUCAUUGUCAAUUUGACUCAUUUUACAUUGUGUACAUGACUUUCUUCACACUUUUAUUGACUUGAAAGUGGUGUUAACUGAAGUUAUAAUCAUUCAUUGUACAGUGUGGUCUGAAAGUUUUAGAGUGAAAUGAUGGCCAGAAAUCCCAUGUGAUCAAGCCGCCAUUAGAAUAUCCUUGUUAGGUGUAACCUGACCAGUCCUUUGAAAAUAGACUCUUCUCUUAAGAGUUUUUAGUGGAAUUUUUUAUAGAAAUUAUUAAUUAGUAUUUUUAUCUCCUUUUUUAUCUCUUAAAUAUCUCUAUGUUUUCAUUCGCCAGAAUAAAAGUAGUAAAGUGGCUGACCCUAUUUUUUGUCUAAUAGGAUCGGGGUACGCCCAGUAAACUUCACUUUUUUAAGGAUGGUCCCUGCAGGGUUAAUUCAUCUGCAGAUAUCUUUAAAUAAUGGUGCAAGAAGAAUUGAUUGACUUGUAGCAAAAUUAAUCUUAAUACAGGAUCUGUGUAUCUGUGAUGAAAGAUCAAUAACUGACCAUCUAAUGAGUAUCACUGUUCACACAAAAAAUGUUCAGAGGAUAGCCCUAACCCAUUAUUAUGCCACGGCGUGGUUGCAUUCUGAAGAUCAGGUGUGAAGGCAACAUUUUGGGCUGGUAUAACAUACAGUUUUAGGGAGCUGCUUCAAUUUUGCUGUUAAUAUGCCACGUGUUAGCUGAUGCGUGUCAAAUUGUCUAGCAAUGCCAACAAUGCCUUGUAACAAACAAUGGAUGACAUAAUUAGGUUUUCGGGCUAUUAUGUGUACUAAUCAAAAAGUGGUACAUGUAAUACUGGGCCCAGUUUCAUAAAGAUGUCGCACAUGUGCGAUAAUCACACAUAUAGGACACUGGUACAUUGGUAGUGACAAAAGUAUCGUAUGACAAAUGUACGCUAAAAAAAUAUUGUACGCUGCUUUGCGAAAUUGGGCCCUGCAGUUUUGCGUAGGUACAAUUGUUGUAAUAAUGUUUGAUUUCGUUACUUUUACAUUCAUUGACAUGGGCACCCUUGUGCGUUAAUACUCAAUUUUAAUAUUGUAGGACUUUUGUGAUAAGCAAAGGUGUUGAUUGCAGAGAUGAUUAUCUGAUAGAAUGAUGAUAAUGCAAACAUUAGUGUUGUUGUUGUAGGCUGCUGUUGUCUUUAUUAUAUACCAAAGAUGUACAGCUAAAGAAAGACACUUCUUAGAUCAGAUCAGGGACAUAUAUUAGCGAUUUAAGUGAUGGUGUGUAGAGGGACUGUGUGAGAACUGAGCACGUACAUGUGUUUGAUGGGGGAAUUGCUGCAUAUGAACAGGUCAACUAAAAACAAAAAACAAAAAUUUGUCUUAAAUUUUCUUGUCAACACACACAAUAUGUUGUUUGCCAUUGUUCUGUUUUACCUUUAAAUAUCAUUGUACAUUUUUCUUUUGUGUAUUUUUUCUGCUUUGAUAUUUCCAAUCUGUUUGUUGUCUGUAAGGAACAAAUCACAGGUGAUAGCUAAAGUUCUUCGUCCAUUGAACUCUUGUUGAUGUUGAGAUAUUUUUAGAGAUGUUUGCAUGUAAAUAGUCGUUCUAUAUAUUAUUACCCUCUUAGGUUACACGUAGCUUGCCUCAUCUUGUGGUUGUGACAGUUUUGGUAAUUUGAGAGUUCUUGAGUUCAUAUUUUGACAUGUUUAUUUUAAUAGGGUUUUGAUUGAAAUGUCAGUUUAUUAUGACAAUGAAAACAUUAAAUAUUUUUACUUGUUCAGUGGAAACUGAAAGUACUGACACAAAAAGUUCUUGGGAUCAUAUCACUUGAGAAUAAGGAUGACUAAUCAACACCAAAAAUGAACCAUUCCACCUUCAUUAUACAAAUGAUAAGCAUUUGUUUUGCAGGGAUGUUUUUUUUUUUCAUAUACAGAAAAUAGAUAAAGCUUUUCAUGACAGGUGGGCCAAGGUGCCUUGUUUUUGAGAUGCCAGUGUUUCUUUAUUGUGAAUGUAUUCCCAGUAGGCCUACUCUCCAGUCAGUGACCCAUCUCCAUGCCAACUACAUGUAGUGUUUUGGGGAGUACGAUUUACUCCGCAGCUUUUUUGUCUUCCUACAUCUCCCAUGAAAUACGCAUAUCCCAGGUUUAUGAACAUAUCAAAAAAGCCUUUUAUAUACAUAUAUUUGGAUGAUGCUAACAUUUUCAGCUGUAUACAAGUGUUUUCACUGUAAGUACCAUAUUAUUGCUAACUUUACUUUUUUUUUUUUUGUUCUUAAGUUAUGAGAAUACAUAUAUUCACUAGUCUUGUAGCAAUGCCCAUGUGCGUGUGAGUGUGAGUAUGUCUGACAGGCCGUGGCUAGGUUGUAGUGACAGCGGACGUUUUCAGAACCUAUUAUCAGUGUAUAGUUUGUACAGUUUUGUUAAAUAGAAUAACAAAUAAACACUUUGUAUAUAACUGGUAUUUUGUGUUAUUG